CACUCCCACUCCUAAACGCCGGCGAAAACUCAUCGGAAGCCCGAGCAUCCCCAAAUGGAAUCCGCCAUUUCAUUAUCAUCAUCAUCUUCUUCUUCCUCUCUCCUCCUACCUUCGCCUCGCCUUCGACUCCGCUCCAACUCCCAAGCCUCGAUUUUACUCCGGAGCCUCAAAUCCAGAAGCUUCCUCGCUCCGUCUCUUUCCCGCCAAAACCGGCCUAUAAUCCGAUCGCAAAGCUCCAAUCACCGACCGCUCGACGACGGCUUCGUCCUCGAAGACGUCCCUCACCUCACCGAUUUCCUCCCCAACUUGCCGUCAUAUCCGAAUCCAUUGCAACGGAGCCAAGCUUAUGCAGUUGUGAAGCAGACAUUUGUGAGCCCUGCGGAUGCGGUUGCACAGAAAGUUGUUGUUCAAGAUGAUAGUCCUAGAGGGGUACAUUUUCGACGAGCUGGGCCUCGGGAGAAGGUUUAUUUUAAGUCGGAGGAAGUGCGCGCUUGUAUAGUAACGUGUGGGGGUUUAUGCCCGGGGAUCAACACUGUGAUAAGAGAGAUUGUGUGCGGCUUGAGCUACAUGUAUGGUGUUGAGGAUAUACUUGGAAUUGAGGGAGGAUAUAGGGGCUUUUAUUCAAAAAAUACAUUAAAGUUGACUCCAAAAGUUGUCAAUGACAUCCAUAAGCGGGGUGGCACCUUUCUUCGCACUUCACGAGGAGGUCAUGAUACUAACAAGAUAGUUGAUAAUAUACAUGACCGGGGAAUAAAUCAGGUAUACAUAAUUGGGGGUGAUGGCACACAAAAAGGAGCAGCUCUAAUAUGCAAGGAAGUUGAGAAGCGUGGUCUUCAGGUGGCAGUUGCUGGGGUUCCUAAAACAAUCGAUAAUGAUAUUUCUGUGAUAGAUAAGUCAUUUGGUUUUGAUACUGCUGUUGAAGAAGCUCAGAGGGCCAUAAAUGCUGCACACGUGGAGGUUGAAAGUGUCGAUAAUGGUGUUGGAAUUGUCAAAUUGAUGGGAAGAUACAGUGGCUUCAUUGCUUCAUAUGCAACUUUGGCAAGUCGAGAUGUGGACUGUUGUUUGAUUCCAGAAUCUCCAUUCUAUUUGGAAGGAAAGGGUGGACUUUUUGAAUUUAUUGAACAGCGUCUUAAAGAAAAUGGACAUAUGGUUAUUGUGGUAGCAGAAGGAGCAGGGCAGGAGUAUGUUGCCCAGCAAAUGCAUGCUGCUGGAGAGAAAGAUGCAUCGGGAAAUAAGCUUCUCCUAGAUGUUGGUCUAUGGUUAACCCAAAAGAUUAAGGAUCAUUUUGCAAAAGGUCAGCAGAUGGCAAUAAAUAUGAAGUAUAUAGAUCCAACAUAUAUGAUACGAGCUAUUCCAAGUAAUGCAUCUGACAAUAUAUACUGCACUCUUCUGGGUCAUAGUGCUGUUCAUGGGGCGAUGGCUGGAUACAGCGGUUUCACGGUUGGGCCUGUUAACAGCAGACAUGCCUACAUACCAAUUUCUCGUGUGACAGAGAAGCAAAACACAGUGAGCUUGACAGAUCGGAUGUGGGCUAGGAUUCUUGCGUCAACAAACCAGCCUAGUUUCUUGGAGAGAAACGAGUUGCAGGAUGGAGUUGAUCUGAUCAACAGCAACAUGGAAAAUACCUCUAUAUAGAUAUAUGCGGCCAAGCUCAGUUCUUUCACGAGUGGAAAGCACACAUUGUUUCUUGCAUCUGCCAGUAACAGGUCAGAGGUAUUACCAUGCCUAAGUAGUUUUAUGCCGUUCUGUUUCGAAGUAGUUUUACACUUAGUUUAGGGAUUGGGAAGAUUCUUGUAAAGAUAUUUAACUGUGUGGAGAUGGAGGAUGUGAUCAUGAGAAAGAGAUUGGGUGGAAGAAAAUGGAUAGAAUAAAAAUAGAAAAACCAUUAAAAACCUCAGAUUUCAUUUGAAAAACGAUUCCACAAACAUUUUCUCUCCCUCUCAAUUCUUUAAUCACUCUAUUUCUCAUCAGCUUUUUCUUCCAUUUU